GUGUAUAAAUCGAGAGUUUCGAGAGCUCAAAGACUCGCCUUUUCCGCUCCUUCUUCUUCGUAACAAUCGAAGCUGCUGGGAAAUUGCGAACUAGGAAUUAGGAAAAACCCUAAAUUGGGCUUUUUGGCAUCGGAUCUAAUUGCGCGAUUGGUUAUUUGUGGUACUGAACUCAAUGGUGGACAUGGUUCUUUAACGGAAAUAGUUGGGAAGGGGUUUGAUCUGUGAUGGGGUCAUUGUUGAGCUUGCCUAGUAACAGUAAUAUGGCUGCAGAGCAUGGUGGAGCAUCUCAGGUUGAAGCUUGCAAGAGGAUGAGGAUGUCUUCGGGUCACUAUGAUGAGUAUCCAAGACUCAUCCCUUGUCUGCCUGAUGAAAUCUCGCUUCAGAUUCUUGCAAGACUGCCUAGAAUACAAUACUUGAAUGUCAAAUUGGUUUCGAGGAGCUGGAAAGCUGCUAUCACUAAUUCUGAAGUCUUUCAGCUGAGGAAAGAACUUGGAACAACUGAAGAAUGGCUCUAUGUCCUGACGAAAACUGAAGAUAAACUGGUUUGGCAUGCAUUUGAACCACAGUCGGGAAAGUGGCAGAGGCUGCCACCAAUGCCCAAUGUUGUUCAUGAGGAAGAACCUAAAAGAGGUUUAUCUGGUUUCUGGAUGUGGAAUAUCAUUGGAUCGAGUUUGAAGAUUGGCGAUGUCAUUAGGAGCUGGCUUGGACGAAGGGAUGCAUUAGACCGGUUGCCUUACUGCGGUUGUGCUAUUGGAGCUGUUGAUGGUUGCCUUUAUGUGUUGGGAGGAUUUUCCAAGACCUCAACCAUGAAAUGUGUUUGGCAGUAUGAUCCUUGCACAAAUUUAUGGCAAGAGGUGAAUUCCAUGUCGACGGGCAGGGCUUUUUGUAAAACAGGCCUGCUGAAUAACAAGCUAUAUGUUGUGGGUGGGGUCAAUAAAAUUAGAAGAGGUGGCUUAACUCCUCUACGGUCAGCUGAAGUAUAUGAUCCCCGAACUGGUCUAUGGACAGAGGUUGCAAACAUGCCAUUCUCAAAAGCACAUAGCUUGCCUACCGCCUUUUUGGCAGAGAUGCUAAAGCCCAUUGCAACUGGCUUGACUUCAUAUCAGGGAAAGUUGUGUGUGCCACAGAGCUUAUAUUCUUGGCCUUUUUUUGUUGAUGUUGGAGGUGAAGUAUACGACCCCGAGACAAGCUCAUGGACAGAAAUGCCGGCCGGAAUGGGAGAGGGCUGGCCUGCUAGGCAGGCAGGGACUAAGUUGAGUGUUGUAGUGGAUGGAGAACUAUAUGCCUUGGAGCCUUCUAGUACUUUGGACAGUGGUAAAAUAAAGAUGUAUGAUCAUCAGGAGGAUGCUUGGAAAGUUGUUAUCAGAAAAGUUCCAGUUUGUGAUUUCACUGAUUCCGAGUCGCCGUAUUUGCUUGCUAAUUUUUUAGGGAAACUCCAUGUGAUCACAAAAGACGGUAAUAAUGGUACUGCAAUUUUGCAAGCCAACUUGCAGAAGCCUAUGCAAUAUGCCCCUUCAACUUCGUCUUCGUCCUCUGUUGAUAGUUCGGAUUCAUCAACAGAUGCAGAAAGUGACGCAGAAAAUGAUGUUUGGAAGGCAAUCGCAACGAAGAAUUUUGGUGCUGCAGAACUUGUUGGCUGUCAGGUCCUUGAUGUUUGAAUCUUUAAACUAUUACCUUCUUCAGUUGCAGGUAACCAAACAUAAGAAUUGCCAGACUGUUGCAGAGUUUUGCUGGCUUUUCAGGUAGUUGUAGGCUUAUUAAGAAGAAAAUAGGUGAUGUUAGAAUGUAGAGCCUAGCAAUGUACAGUGAAGAAGUACUUCAAAAAAUUUCUCAGCUGGUUUCUCUUUAUGAAGCUGCACCACUGGUGCUGUGCUACUGUAUAAUCAACUGAAAAGUGGCAUUUGCUUCUUAUCCUUGCUAUUCAGCCUUUUGAGGGAUGUUAUUUUGAUUUGUUAUGUAUUUGGACAUAAAUCUAUGUUGUAUUGUUGCUUGUAUUUCAAAAGAUGUUGUGGAAAGUUCAGGUAUAUGACUUCAGUUUCUAUACUUUAUGUAAUAAAUUUUCAGUCAGUUCAUUAU